AUGCAACCCAUCCCACUAGUAUUCCGACAAUCCUUCGUCCGCUCAUCCGCAAAUCUCUCCCGAAGCACCACCAUCACCACACCAGGCAGAACAUCCGCUACAAAAUCCAUAACUACCUCCACAACAAAUAACAUCCGCAGACUCCCAAUUACCUUCUUCCCACCAGGCCCCAGACAAUGGCGCACCUCGCGAAACAACAUCGAUAACACUGAUAAUAUUAACACCAACGGGUUCACAUCCGCGACUGUGUCUUCGUCUGCGUUUGCGUCGGUAUGUUUGCGCUGUCAAUUCCGGGGUCGAUAUUACUCCAUGCAGGGGGGCGGGAAGGGGGUUGAUGGACUCGAAAGGGAGGCGCCGGGUGUUUCUUCCGCGGAAAGAGAUGGCGAAGCUAGGUUGAGUUCAAGUUCGGCACCUGGGGGGAAAGGAGGUUUGGAGACUGGUUCGGGGAAUGAGUUGAACGUACCGCAAGAACAUCAGCAGCGACAUGGGAAGGGUAGGAAAGGUAAGGAGGAGGAGGAUGGGAAUGGAAAUGGGAAUGGAAAUGGAAAUGGAAAUGGGAAUAAUUGGCGUCUACCGUCACAAGUUGAAAAGCGUAGAUCAGACAUCUCUAAACAAUUUACUCGGUUGAUGGAUAAUAUGCAGUCGAACAUCUUCAUUGCAGGACAGCGACUCAAUGAUUUAACGGGGUAUUCAGGCAUUGAGAAGCUGAAGCAGGAUAUUUUGUCUCAGGAGCAACGAGUUCGCGAAAGCCGCGCCCGCGUCCACGAAGCAAAAGAAGUGUACUCCUCCGCCAUAAACCGCCGCUCCGCCUCACAGCGCGAAGUCAACGAGCUCCUGCAACGCAAGCACGCCUGGACCCCAACCGACCUGGAGCGCUUUACCUCUCUCUACCGCUCAGAUCAUGCGAACGAGCGAGCAGAGACGGACGCGCAGGAGGCGCUGGUGGUAGCCGAGCGGGAGGCGGAGGAAGCUGCUGCGGUGCUUAGCAAGAGCAUCCUAUCCCGGUACCACGAGGAGCAGAUCUGGUCCGACAAGAUCCGCCGCAUGAGUACGUGGGGCACGUGGGGACUGAUGGGGGUUAAUGUGCUUCUGUUUCUCAUUUUCCAGGUUGCGGUGGAGCCGUGGCGGCGGCGGAGGUUGGUGAAGGGGUUUGAGGAGAAGGUUAUGGAGGCGUUGGAGAAGGAGAAUGGAUUGAAGCAGGGGCCGGGCGUUGAAAGUAUUCCUGCUUCUGCCACUGAUGCUGCUGGUGCUGUUGCUGCGAUGCAGAUCGCACAGUCAUCCGCUGUUUCCACACCUGCAUCCACGCUCGUAUCCGUCUUGGAUGAAGCUCAACCAGGACCAUCAGAAGCUGGCACUUCCAUUGAGCCGGAAGUUCUCGAUUCAAUUGGCGUAGCUACUUCUAUCCACACGCACCCCACCGAGCCGCUCUCGCUAUCACACCCACCUACAACCACCACUCCUCCGUUCUCGCCCGACAUCACGCUCUCUCCGGAUUUCUGGGCUCAGACGAUCUAUGACCUCUUUAGUGAACGGCAUAUCACGCUUUCGCAGCGGGAGCUGACGACGGUAGCGCUUCAGAGCGCUGCGGCCGGUGCAGCAAUGAUGGGUGUGUUGAUUGCGAUAUUUAGGCCGCGGUAG